CUUGCAUAGAUUCUUCAGGAAAUUUGACUGUAUGAGGGAAGACAUAACCAGUUGUCCCCCGAUCUUUUGGAGCUCUCAGGUUUGACCACUCCCUUGUGAGACAAAGGAAAAAUGCAAAGAUUUGUAGUUGUUGGUUUGAACCUACUCCUGUGUUAUGGAGUAAUUAUUCUGGCUUCAAGAAAGUUAGACCCAAGGUUUUUGGAAUUGGUACACUCUCCUGUUGUUCAAGAACAUGGCAUCUAUACAAGAGAUAACAUGAUUCCUGUUGAGAGAGGUCAAAAGGACACACCCAAUAUUGUUAUUCUGUUUGCCGAUGACAUGGGUUGGGGAGACAUGGGAGCAAAUUCUCCAACAUCUUAUGUGCACACGCCAACUCUGGACAGUUUGGCUGCCAAAGGAAUUAGGUUCACAGACUUUCAUUCUGGAGCAGCUACAUGUUCCCCAUCUAGAGCCUCUCUUCUCACCGGAAGACUGGGGUUGAGAAAUGGAGUUGUAAGGAACUUUGAGCCUGAUUCCAUUGGAGGCCUUCCCCUCAAUGAGACAACCCUUGCAGAUGUUGCAAGGAGAAAAGGAUAUACCACAGGAAUGAUAGGCAAGUGGCACUUAGGUAUUAAUGGUCUAUAUCAUCCUAUUCAUCGAGGUUUUGAGACAUACUAUGGCCUCCCAUACAGCAAUGAUAUGGGCUGCAUAGAUUCCUAUUGCUACAAUAGCCCUGAGCAAACCAAGUGCCCCACUAAAUUGAACCAGAACAUCACAGCCAAUGGAGUGAAAAAUAUCACAUCCUGGAUGAAUAUUGGAGUACCUCUUUAUGAUGAUCUGAAAAUCAUUGAACAGCCUGUGAAUAUAACCAUUUUAUCAUCUCGAUAUGCAGAGAGAGCAAGGAGUUUUAUCUCAAGAAAUGCCAAGAAGUCAUUCUUGCUGUAUGUGGCUUUUGCCCAUAUGCAUGUACCGCUGGCAUUUCAAACAGAUGAAGGAUUUCUGCCAUAUCAAAAUACUCUAUAUGAACUGGAUGAGACUGUCAAGACUAUUCAUCAAGCUCUGAUUAAUUCUGGGGUAGAAGAAAACACUCUCAUCUGGUUUGCAAGUGACAAUGGCCCAUGGGAGUUGAAAUGUGAGUACAGUGGGAGUGCAGGCCCUUUCAAGGGAGACUGGCAACGAAGAGCUGAAGGUGGUGGGGGUGGGUCUGCAUCCAAGCAGACUGUAUGGGAAGGGGGACAUCGUGUUCCAUCAUUCAUUUACUGGCCUCAGGUCAUAAAGGAAGGCUGGGUGAGUGCUGCACUGGCCUCAACAUUGGACAUAUUACCAACAGUUGCAAGCCUCAUCAGAGCUCCCCUGCCACCUGGUCGAGCAUUUGAUGGUGUGGAUCUCACACCAGUGAUCAAUGGGAGGCAGAGUAAUAGGAACACUGUCUUGUUUCAUCCUAAUAGUGGAGCUGCAGGACCUGAAGGUGAAAUUGGAGCAGCGCGGGUUGGUCCCUACAAAGGGGUCUAUUACUCUGGUGGGAGCCCAGCUUGUGGAGGAAAUACAGGACCAUCCCAACACCAUGACCCUCCUUUGUUGUUUGACCUGGAAUCAGACCCCAGCGAGAGCUCCCCACUUUCUCCCACCUCACCCAAUUUUGGGAAAGUGAUGAAAGUCAUCAAGAAAGAACUGCAAAACCUCCACUACAGUCUCAAAGUAGACAACAAAAGCCAAGCAGACUACACACAGAACCCUUCUCUCACUCCAUGCUGCAGUGUCUUUGAACCAGCAUGCCGAUGUCAUUAAUUGUCUGGAAAGUGAACUGUGUUCAUACCUCAUUGAUAUGAGAAUCAUAAUGUUAUUGUGGCUAUUAACUUCAAUUUUCUGUGAAACUUUUUCUAGCA